AGGUCCUCCUCCGUGGCUUCCUUCUGUGGCUGCCUGGGAUUUGAGGAGAGCAGCACGUGGGCCCAGCCCGUCCACCCAUCCCCACUCCGCUUCUCCGGCCAGCCGCUUCGCCCCACAUUGCAACAGCAGCGGCCGGAGGCUUCGCUUCACCCGCUUCAGCCCAGACCGCAGCGGGACCCCCGAGGAGGAGAGAGGCGAACGCGACCCCCCCCACCCCACCCCCGGCAACAUGAAGGCAUCCUUGGCGAUCCUGCUGGCUGCCUGCCUCUGCGUGGAAGAAGCUUUCUCCCUGGUGUGCUGGUCUUGUGAUGGAGCCGAAUCCAACUGGGGCUGCUGGAGGUGGCAAAUUUGUUCAGACUCCGACAACUACUGUGCUACAACAUAUAUAGGGGCAUCACUUGGUGGCUAUUCCUCGCAGUCCAUCAGCAAAGGCUGUGUUCCAGUUUGCCCAUCAGCGGGGGUCAACAUUGGCGUUGCAGCUGUGUCCGUGAACUGCUGCUCAUCUUUCUUAUGCAAUAUCAGCGGAGCUUCCAGUGUCAAAACUAACCACUUGGUCUUGGCUGUUGGGAUCCUGGCCAGCUUCUUCUAUCUCUUUGGACCCAGGCUGUGAUUGCAAAAUUUCUGCACGCUUAUAAAAUAAGAGCAGGUUGACUGCAUCGAGGAAACCCCCCCCCCAAAAUGAAGAACAAAAAAUGCAAAAGUUUGUAUAUUAAUAAUGGCAUUUAGCUUGAUUGCUUUUAAUCACAACGUUGUACCAGACCAAACAUUGUACCAGGCUUAGAGAUAUACUUAGGGGAGUAUUUUGUUAGACAGCACUGCCUUCUUAAGGCUGCAGAAUUUUGUGCAGGCCCUGAUGAGAAACCCCGCAGGUACUUGAAAUAAUCUUGUGCCAAAUAAAGGUCAAAACUCUCCUGGACCAAAACAUUCCAAAUCCCUUUGUGGGGCUUUCAGUUAUUCAAGGGGCCUUAACAUUGUUUUGCUUAAUGGGUCAUCAGCAGGAGGAAACUGGGACAAGUGGGAAAUAACACCUGAUGAUCUCUUUUCCUUUUUUUCCUGUAUAAACAUUUGCUACGAACCCAGUUUUUUGCCUAUUACAUUUUAUCUAAAACAGUGUGUCCAGUUGGGACAGUGUUCAGAAUGUAGCUUUCCUGUGCUUUCUGAACUUGAAUAAACACAGUUCGAUUCUUA